AUGCCAAACUCAGUAUACUGCAACGUCGGUGGCUGCGAGAACGAUAAGGUCUUCUCAGCUAACAAACAGCACCAGUAUUGUUCUACUCACAAAUGCGCCGAUUCCUCGUGCGGUCAGCGGAAUACGGCGGGUUCGAUCUACUGCGGCGCACGUAUGUCAUCUAUAUAUUAUGAUGCCUUGUUGAUGUUGAGAGUUAGCUGA